AUGGGGUGCAGUGUAGGUUGUACAAAUAAUCGGAAUAAAUCAAAAGAAAUAACAAGUGUUCAUGAUUUAAUUAUAAAGCCAAGCACUUUUGUAAAAAUCAACUCUAAAGAGUUUUAUGAAGUUUAUGCAUUGGGCAGAUUUCUUGGGGCAGGGGCAUUUGCGGAAGUGUAUUUUUGUAGGCAUAUUUUGAGUAAUGCUCAGAGGGCAGUAAAAAUUUUUGAUAAAAAUAAGCUUUCUCCAGGAGAUAAAGAUCUUCUGCUCCAAGAAAUCGAGGUCUUAAAAUUAUUGGACCAUCCUAGUAUUGUAAGUGUAUAUGAAUUUUUUGAAGACCUUGACCAGUUCUAUAUAGUGAUGGAACAUUGCAAAGGCGGCGAGCUUUUUCACGAAAUUGUAGAGCAUAAAAUUUUUACCGAAAAACAAACAGCAAUUAUUCUCAAACAAUUAUUAUCAGCAGUCAGCUACUUGCAUAGUCUGAAUAUUGUACAUAGAGAUUUAAAGCCAGAAAACAUCGUUUUCGAGGAAAGUUUGGACGAUUUAAGUGUAAAAAUAAUUGAUUUUGGAACUGCGAUCAAAAUAAAGCCUGAUGAAAGGCUAUCAGAGUCCCUUGGGACUUUAUAUUAUACAGCUCCUGAAGUUUUUGAUAAAAAUUAUAAUGAAAAAUGCGACCUUUGGAGCAUUGGAGUCAUCAUGUAUGUCCUUUUUUCAAGCAGUUUCCCUUUUAGAGGACAAACUAAUGCAGAUACUAUUAAUUUAAUUAAAAAAGGAGAAUACAGCUUGAGCAUUGGGAGGUGAAAUCACGCAUCGGAGGGCGCAAAAGAUUUAGUCAGGCAUUUACUAGUCCCGGAAAAAGACAGAUAUUCAGCAUCAGAAGCGUUUUCUCAUAGUUUCAUAAAUGUAAAUACAAGAUCAGAGUCGCAAGAUUCACUGAAAAUCAGCUUGGUAUUAGAUAAUCUAUGCUCUUAUCAUUAUGAAAAUAAGCUUGCAGAAGCUAUUUGGACUUAUAUUACAUCUCAGCUGAUAUCCAGCAAACAAAAAAAAGAAUUAGCUGAAGUGUUUAAGAUUUUAGAUACAAAUGGUGAUGGCAAACUGAGCAAAGAGGAGCUUAUUGAGUCUUUCAAAAACCAAGUCAUAAAUACUGAUAUAAACAUUGAUAUAAAUCAAGUUAUUUCAAAUGUGGAUUCAGACCACAGUGGCUUUGUUGACUAUAAUGAGUUCUUAAGAUCUGCUUAUGAAGUGAAAGAAAUCUCUAACGCGAACAGCCUGAAAAUUGCUUUUAAUAUGUUCGAUUUGGAUAUACACAAAAUGGCCGGAGACGAGCGACCCGUCCUUCCGUGGCGGGUGUCCUUAUGUAUACCGGACGUGGUUUUUGGAUGCGGAGAGCUACUCAAGGGAAGAGUUAGCCUCGAGGCGAGAGGCCCAGCCCAAUUUCCGCUGAUUUUGGGACUUGACCCGGGCAGCAGUUUUUCGCAUUCUUUUUGCCAGUAGCGCCGAGGCCCAGACUCGGUGUCCGAUAGAGGCAGGGUGAAUUACCUGCCUAAGCUACUUGUGGCUUAGCCCCGAAUCCCGCAAGGGGUUGAGUUCUUUCUUGGAGAUGAUCCGGGAAAGAGGGGAGGCGAAGCUCGACUACAGAUCUCAAGGGCGCAAGUCUCUCCAGUUCAAAGGGUCCCGAUCAAAAGGGGCGAUCUGGCGUAGGAGAGGGCAGUGUUGGCGUCAACUUGGGCGACACAACAAGUUGGAAAUGGAGGUGAUCAGCAAAGACAGUAUGACUCUGUCCUUUGACCUUUACCUCUACCGAAAAACCGGGGAUUUCGGCCCGGGCUUGCUGUGGGUACGCUCUGUCACCCUGCGAGUGCGUUCGCACUCGCGGCAUGCAAUCCACGAAGUAGGGACUAUAAAUACCCAUCUUAAAUCUAAUCUAAUCUAAUAUGUUCGAUUUGGACGGAGAUGGGCUGAUUUUGGCGUCAGAGCUGAAAGAAGUGUUGCAAGGAGAGAUGAAGGUAAGUGAUACAGUCUGAAAAGAAAUGAUUGAUGAGGUUGAUAUUAAUAAAGAUGGAGCCAUUGACUUUCAUGAGUUCGAAUUAUUGAUAAUUCAAUUAAGCAGACAGGCGAGUGAGAUCGUAGUUAAUGAACAGAAGGGUAAAUAA